AUGGCUCAACUCCUGAACAGCAUACUCAGUGUGAUCGAGGUGUUCCAGAAAUAUGCCAAAGAGAAUGGGGAUUGUGCCUCACUAUGCAAGAAGGAGUUGAAGAAGCUGCUCUUGGCUGAGUUUGGAGACAUCCUCCGGAGACCAAAUGACCCAGAGACUGUGGAAACCAUCCUGAGCCUCUUAGAUAGAGACAGAAAUGGACGUGUUGAUUUUCAUGAAUACCUCCUAUUGGUGUUCCAGUUGGUCCAAGCCUGCCAUCAAAAGCUAGACAAUAAGUCAUGUAGAGAUACAACCUCCCAGCAAGAAAGGGAACAGGAAGAAACACAAGACCAUAAGUUUCCAGGAAACACAGGCGGACAACACAGGCAGAGGCAUGAGGAAGAAAGGCAGAACUCCUACCACAGUCAGUCUGAAAGACAGAGUCAGGAUGCACAACAUGAUCAGUCUGAGAGAAAAGAUAGGAAUUCCCACUAUGGUCAGUCUGAGAGACAAAAGAGGGACUCUCAUUAUGAUCAGUCCAAGAGACAGGAUCAGGAUUUCCGCUAUGAUCAGUCUGAGAGACAAGAUAGAGACUCUCGCUAUGGUCAGUCUGAGAGACAGGGUCAGGACUCCCGCUAUGGUCAGUCUGAGAGACAGGGUCAGGACUCCCGCUAUGGUCAGUCUGAAAGACAGGGUCAGGAUUCCUGCUAUGGUCAGUCUGAAAGACAGGGUCAGGAUUCCUGCUAUGGUCAGUCUGAAAGACAAGAAAAGGAUUCCCACCAUGGUCAAUAUGAUCAGUCUGAGAGACAAGAUAGAGACUCUCGCUAUGGUCAGUCCGAGAGACAGGGUCAGGACUCCCGCUAUGGUCAGUCUGAGAGACACGGUCAGGACUCCCGCUAUGGUCAGUCUGAGAGACAUGGUCAGGACUCCCGCUAUGGUCAGUCUGAAAGACAGGGUCAGGAUUCCUGCUAUGGUCAGUCUGAAAGACAGGGUCAGGAUUCCUGCUAUGGUCAGUCUGAAAGACAAGAAAAGGAUUCCCACCAUGGUCAAUCUGAGAGACAGGUUCAGGAUUCUCAUUAUGGUCAGUCUGAAAGGCUUGAACAACGAUCAAGCUGUGGCCAAUCUGGAAGACUCAGACAAGACUCUCGCUCUAGCCAGACAAACCAACAGGAGUCAGGCUUUUAUUAUAGACAGUCUGGGAAGAUGGGUCAGGAAUCAGGCUAUGGUCAGGCAGACAGUCAGGGAUUGGAUUCUCACUAUGGUCACACAGACAGACAAGACCAGAGUUAUCACUACAGUCAGACAGACAGACAGAGCCAGCGUUAUCAUUAUGGUGAGACAGACAGACAAGGCCUAGGUUCUCAGUGUAGUCAGACAAAUAGACAAGACCUCAGCUCUCAAUAUGGCCAGACAGGCAGACAAGACCAGAGUUAUCACCAUGGUCAGACAGACAGACAAGGUAUGAGCUCUCAAUAUGGUCAGAUAGACAGACAAGACCAGAGUUAUCGCUAUGGUCAGUCACAGACUGGGGAAACUGAAACACAAGGGCAAAACAGGUACUUUCAAGGGACUGAAGGAACAAGAAAAGACUCAUAUGUUGAACAAUCAGGAAGGUCAUGGAGACUAAAUCAACAGAUUCCAGGACAGGAAGUGAAUCGAAACCAGGGAUGGGGAUCUCAGUCUAGGGAAGAGCAGCAGAACUACCACCAGGUACGGGAGCCUGAAGAGGACAGCCAAAACCACCAACACAAACUCCUAGCACAAAUCCAGCUCUGCCACAAAGGGAGAGACUGGCAAUCAAGCAGUAGUGAGCAAGGUCACAGACAGGCCCAGACAAGGCAGAGCCAAGGCGGAGGGCAGAGAUACCAGGAAGAGGAAGAGCAGAGUCGUCGAAGCUGGGGUAGACACAGCCAUGAAGUUCAGGAGAGUCCAUGUGAGAGACAAGACAGGCAAACCCACGACUACGAGCAGAACCGCCAGAGACAAGACAGGCAAACCCACGACCAUGAGCAGAACCACCAGAGACAAGACAGGCAAACCCACGACCAUGAGCAGAACCGCCAGAGACAAGACAGGCAAACCCACGACUAUGAGCAGAACCACCAGGCACAACAGGACAGGCAAACCCAUGAGAAGAAAGAGAGGUUUACUUCGACUUGA